AUGUCCUCAAACACAAAAACUUAUAAAGACGCCUUCUCCCUUUUCGAUAAGAAAGGUACAGGUAAAGUUUCACCAGAUACUUUAGGUGAUUUAUUAAGAGCAGUUGGACAAAAUCCAACAUUAGCAGAAAUUUCUGAUUUAAAAUCUCAAAUUCCGGGAGAUUUAGAUUUUGAAACUUAUGUCAAGAUUAUAAAUAGGCCAGAUGGAUUUAAACCUUUAGGUGAACCUGAAGAUUAUAUUAAAGGUUUCCAAGUAUUUGAUAAAGAAGGUACUGGUUAUAUUGGUGUUGGUGAAUUAAGAUAUAUCUUAACUUCUAUUGGUGAAAAAUUAUCAGAUUCUGAAGUUGAUGAAUUAUUAAAAGGUGUUAAUGUUACAAAAGAUGGGAAUGUUGAUUAUGUUGAAUUUGUUAAAUCAAUUUUAGCUCAAUAG